AUGUCGGUGGCCGUCGCCCUGACCGCGCUUGUCGCAUGCGGUUCCUGUUGCAUGUCGACCGCCACCGCCGCUUCGGUGUCCGAUCAGGCCAGUAGCGACAGCGACUACCUGUCUCUGGCCACCGACGACCUGCAGCCGCAACAGAUAUCAGUCCAGUUGCAGCAGACGGACCUGGGCCAGCUUUACGGUCAGAAUCAAAUGGGACAUACUCAGGAUAAUAUUGAUAAUUCAAAUUUUGAUUUUUUUCACCAAUUUCAUUUGCAUGAAUCUUCAGAAUGGCCUUUUCCACAACAAAUAGAUAACAGAAUUGGGCAAAUAUCUGGUGUUUCCAUAAGCAAAGACAAUUUUGUAUAUAUAUUUCACAGGGGCGAUCGAGAAUGGAAUCAAACUACAUUUUCUGAAAACAAUGUGUACAGAGAAAAACAUAAAGGACCAAUUUCUGAACAGGUAGUUGUUGUACUGGAUCCAAAAAAUGGUUCGGUAAUUAAAAGAUGGGGUAGUCACAGAUUUUAUAUGCCUCAUGGCAUUACUGUUGAUCAUGAAAAUAAUGUUUGGUUGACUGAUGUUGCUCUCCAUCAAGUGUUCAAAUUUGGCCCAAACUCUGAAGAUUUAUUAAUGACUUUUGGUACUGCAUUUGAACCUGGGAAAGACUUAGACAAGUUUUGCAAACCUACAUCAGUAGCUGUAACAACUAGUGGUGAAUUCUAUGUAGCAGAUGGAUAUUGUAAUUCGCGUAUUAUUAAAUUUUCUGCUGAAGGACGAGUACUGUUGGAAUGGGGCCGAUCCACUAUAGUCACAGGUGAGAUGGUUGUGCCUCCUUACCAACUGUGGAUCCCACAUGCUUUGACAUUGGCUGAAGACAAAGAAUUGAUAUGUGUGGCCGAUCGUGAAAAUAGCAGAGUAUUAUGUUUUAAUACCAACAAUGGAACCUUUAAUUUUGAAAUUAAUCCACAAUUAUUUCAACGUUUAUUCAGUGUUGCAUAUUCACCAAUGGCUGGUGGAUUAUUUUAUGUACUUAACGAUAAAAAUAUGGAUGUAAUAACUGAGACAUUAGCACAAGGAAUUGUGAUCAAUGCUACAUCAUUGGAGGUAAUUGGACAAUUCCAUCCUAGAGAUAACGAAUUUUCACGACCUCAUGACAUGGCUGUAAGCCCAGAUGGAACAUCUGUUUAUGUUGUGGAACUUAUAAGAUCUCAUAUUCGGAAGUUUGUGUUAGAUUCAGAUAUUCAAAACAAAUUUCUUAACAAAAGUGUUGAUGCACUUAAUGUUUCAGAGCAAGAAUUAAUGUUGAACAAAUAUAACGUGUUAGAAAAUUGUCCUGGUCUAAGAGAAAAUUCUGGGAAACAAAUUUUAUUGAUCAUGUUAAUAAUUGCUGUUGGUUUGUUUUUCACUGCUGCUAUAUUUGUAACGGUUUUAAUAUACACACGUACUAAGUCAAUAGCUCACCGGAAAGACGCAGCUUUCAGUCGAUGGCAGCCUCGGACACUCAACACUGCAGAUGGAUUUACUUUGGGAAACAUAUUCAAUAAGAAACAACGAGCUGGAUUCGAAAAACUUGCGACCGUCGAGGUGAGCGAAGACGACGACGACGACGACGAUGACAACGAUCUGAACGUGAGGGCUUAA